UUCAAAUCUCAACGUCUCUCUCUCUCUCUCUCUAGAAUCGAAUCGAUGGGCGGGGAGCUUCGCCGGAGUUCGUCGCCCGGCGUCGGACCGGCGGCAAUGGAAGCGGAUAUUUGGGACGCUAGUGGAGAUGCUGCGGUCGCAGCAGUCGCAGAUCGAAACCCUCGCCGAUGACCGGCAGCACCUUGAAACCUACGUCCAUGCUCAGCAUGAUAGUUGGGUUUCCAGAUCUUGCAUCCUUGAGUCUCAGAUCUCUCAGAUGAAGGAAGAGGAGGCGAAGCGGCGAUUGAUGGAGUCAGCGUGGCUUGAUCUCGCCGUCGGGAUGAAGCAGAGGGAGGCAUUGUGCUACAAGAACUUGUUAGAACUCUCGGAGACUGAUCUGGAAGACUUUCGUGAAUGUGUUGAAGUUCUGAGUGCCCAUAUUUCAGAAUUGAAGGAAAAACUUGAAGGUCAAAAGGACAAAGAGGUUGAUGGUGAGGAGAUGAAAGAUGGCAGUAAAAGGAAUGUGGAAAGUGCUCAGGAAGGAGAGAAAAGCAAGCGGACACUAAAAUUAGAGAUCAAAAAGUUAAAGCAGGCACAUAAGAUACUUUCUUCAAAGAAGGAAGCUGAAAUUACUGCUUUAUUAUCUGAGAAGGACUUUGUUUGGAACCAAUUGAAGAAGAUGGAGAGUGAUUACAUUGCUAUUGUUAAGACCAAGAAAAUAGAAGUUGAUCAGGCUAAUGAAGCUGUACAGAAGCUUCAGACUAACAUUGAGAACUUGCAGAUGUCUAACAGUGAGAAGGAUAAAGCUAUUGCUAGAGUAGAAACUGAGAGGUCCAAUCUGGAGUUGGAUGUGAGACGGUGUAAUGAGGAAGUUCAACAGGCUAAAGAGAAGGCUGAAGCACUUCAGCUUGAAGUGAAUAAGUUGCAUGCUGCUACGAAAGAGAAGGAUAAGUUGAUCAAUAAGUUAAGGAAGGAUGUUGCAAAACUUGAGAUGAAUGCGAAACAAUGCACAAUUGAUAAGAACAGACUAUCAAUGGAUUUGGAGUCACAAAGGAGCUCUAGAAAUGCUUCUGUUACACCUGUAGGAAGUCAUUUAAGAAUACCUUCUGGGAAGCGUAAAUGGUGCAGUGCAAACAGUCGUGCUUGCCAAAUGAACAGAGAUACCUAUGACAAAUCUGGACCAAGAACCGCCGUCGCUCCUAGUCGACUCCGGAGAUGUUCCAAAAGGGUGGAAAUAAAGAACAUCUCCAAGCCAGAAAGCCCGGCAUUGUUCUCAUCUAAUUUUAAGAUCCCAAAGCUUAAGGUUUCUGCAGCUGCUGUUGUAUCAUGAGAUAAAGAGCUUCUUUAUCUAUUUCCUCCAAUUCUUGUUUAGCUGGUCUCAUUUUGAAAUAUAUAUAAUAUUAAUGUCUGUAAUCUAUUUCACCCAAGAGAAAGUUGUCUGUAAUCUAUAUGUACUUUUUAUAGUCUUUUUCUUUCUUUCUUUCUUUCUUUUUUUAUUAUUAUCACAUGAGUUUGGUCUUGAGGUUGCAGUCAAUGUAGUGAGAUUUUUCCAAUGUGUUCAGUCCCUUGGGAAUUAAAUUAAGACAAAUUGUUGGAAUUUAA